AGUUCUAGCAAAGUUGUAACUUUACAUUGGCCUAUUCUCUCUCUCUCUCUCUUCCACUAGCUGGUGAUAUUGAUGUCCAUGGUUCCAUCCAUAAAUACUACUAAGUGAACCACCAUGCAGAUUACAACUCCACCCUUGGAAUAAAAGGUGAAAAAAAAGACACCACCAACUUUAACCUAAGACAACAUAGUAGUAUCUAGGAAGUUUCACCAUCCUUGGAGAUUCCGAACACUCACAUCAAAAUUCGUGGGAGAUCUCAACCACUCCACUUUUCCAAGAGGAGGAAGUGAGAAAUCAUGGCUCUAAAUGGAAGUGGGGAUAGAGUAGCGGUGGAUAAUGGUUUUGAAUCCAUUGAUGAUGCAUAUGAUGAUCAUGAACACAAACUGAGCCAAAAGGGUAGCAUCAAGCUCAAGGAGGAAGAGGUUUCUGUGGAGAGGGUGUUCCAGCACCUUCUGGUGCCAUCAUGGAGGAACCAAUUAACAGUGAGAGCCUUUGUGGUCAGCUUUGCACUCAGCAUACUCUUCAGCUUCAUUGUGAUGAAGCUCAACCUCACCACUGGUAUUAUUCCUUCGCUCAAUGUCUCUGCUGGCCUUCUGGGGUUCUUCUUUGUAAAGACAUGGACCAAGUUCUUGGAGAAAUCUAACAUGUUGAGGCAACCCUUCACAAGGCAAGAGAAUACUGUCAUCCAAACCUGUGUUGUAGCAUCCUCUGGCAUAGCCUUUAGCGGAGGGUUUGGAAGUUACCUCUUUGGAAUGAGUGAAGAAAUAGCCAAGCAAUCUUCAGACACUGGUCAUUUUAAGGACCCAAAAUUAGGGUGGAUAAUAGGUUUUCUCUUUGUUGUUAGCUUUCUUGGCCUAUUCUCAGUUGUACCUCUACGAAAGAUUAUGGUCAUUGACUUCAAAUUGACAUAUCCAAGUGGUACUGCAACUGCACAUCUCAUCAACAGCUUCCACACUCCUCAAGGAGCCAAACUAGCGAAGAAGCAAGUGAAAAUGUUAGGAAAAUUCUUCAGUUUCAGUUUUUUAUGGGGCUUCUUUCAAUGGUUCUACACAGCUACUGACCAGUGUGGAUUUCAAGCCUUCCCUUCAUUGGGGCUUAAAGCAUAUAAUAACAAGUUCUUUUUUGAUUUUGCUGCAAUCUAUGUUGGAGUGGGAAUGAUAUGCCCAUAUAUCAUAAAUAUAUCAGUGCUUCUUGGAGGAAUUCUUUCUUGGGGAAUAAUGUGGCCUCUCAUAAAAACCAAAGAGGGUGAUUGGUAUGAUAAGGGCCUAGGUGAAGGCAACCUUCAUGGCAUCCAAGGUUAUAGGGUAUUUAUAGCCAUUGCCUUGAUACUAGGAGAUGGUUUAUACAACUUCAUAAAGGUGCUUACUCAUACCCUUUGGGGAUUGUAUCAUCAAGUCCGGGUAAAACAAAGGGAGAAUGCCCUUCCUGUUGCAGAUCAAGACUCCCCCUCAAACCCUCACCUAUCUUAUGAUGACCAGCGCCGCACCCAACUCUUCCUUAAAGAUCAAAUUCCCACAUGGUUUGCAAUUGCAGGUUAUGUUGCUAUUGCUGCCAUCUCUACCGCCACUCUGCCACACAUCUUCCCCCAACUAAAAUGGUAUUACAUUAUUGUCAUCUACCUAAUUGCUCCCACCUUGGCAUUUUGCAAUGCUUAUGGUUGUGGGCUAACAGAUUGGUCCCUUGCAUCCACCUAUGGAAAGCUCGCCAUCUUCACAAUUGGAGCAUGGGCCGGUUCAUCACACGGUGGAGUUCUUGCUGGGCUAGCAGCAUGUGGAGUGAUGAUGAACAUUGUUUCCACGGCCUCAGACCUGAUGCAGGAUUUUAAGACCGGCUACCUUACUCUGGCUUCACCACGCUCCAUGUUUGUGAGCCAAAUAAUUGGCACAACAAUGGGUUGUGUAAUUUCUCCUUCUGUGUUUUGGAUUUUCUACAAAGCUUUUCCCGAUCUUGGGAGAAGUACAAGUGAAUAUCCUGCUCCAUAUGCAAUUAUAUACCGUAACAUGGCCAUAUUGGGGGUACAAGGUUUUGGCAAUCUACCAAAAAACUGCCUCUUACUUUGUUACAUAUUCUUCGCUGCUGCCGUCGCAAUAAACUUGAUUAAAGAUUUCAUUGGAAACAAAGGGAGGUUCAUACCACUUCCAAUGGCCAUGGCAAUACCUUUCUACAUAGGGCCAUACUUUGCCAUUGACAUGUGUGUUGGAAGUCUGAUAUUGUAUGUGUGGGAGAGGAUUAACAAGGCUAAGGCAGAUGCUUUCGCACCAGCUGUAGCUUCUGGUUUGAUAUGCGGGGAUGGAAUAUGGACUCUUCCUGCUUCAAUUCUUGCUCUUGCUGGUGUUAAGCCACCAAUUUGUAUGAAGUUCUUGUCAAGAGCAGCAAAUGCGAGGGUCGAUACUUUCUUAGGGAAUUAAGGACAAGUUUGAAAAUUGGACUUGGUUUUAAACUUUUGCAGCCGUAGUUGAACAAAACAACAUAGAAGGAAAAACUAUUGUGUAUUAUAUAUCAGAAAGAAAGUAUAUGUUUUACAUGUUUAGAUUGCAUUGUGUGUAAUCUGGGGAUCCCAAAAUAUGUUCAUUUCAAAUAUGCUUCCUCUGAUCAUGCCAUAACUUUUUUAUGUAUUGCCAGUUUUAAAUUUCAGUUACAGUUGCAAUUUUAUCACGA